AUGAUGGAAUUUAUUAAACAGAUUCAUGAAAACAGUUUGACUAGUUUUAUUUUGGGUUCUGAUUCUCAAUCAAGAACAACUGAAUCUGAUCCAGAACAUCAACUUUGGUAUUUAGAUUAUCAAACAGAAUCAAUUUCUAGUCUUCUUAGUUCCUAUUUACAAUCUUGCCAACCAAAUGCUGGAAGUGAUAUUGGAUAUAAACCGAUUUCGAUUCAUUUCUCAUCCUUAAUUGAAUUUGAAUACUUACAAUCUGAUUUUAUAGAUCUAAUCAUCAAUUCUAACACCAUUCAUCCGAUUCCAAUCCAUCUUCAUCUUCCAUUAAAUUCUCAAACCCAAUCUCAAGAACAUUCGAUUGCUAUCCUCAACUUUUAUCAAUCAAUCAAUCAUCUAAAUCUUGGAAACUCAUGUGUUAUUUAUUUUUCAGGUCAUCAAUUAAAUAAAUCUAAUCUUAUCAAGUUUUCUUAUGUCUUGGGUAAAUUAGGAUGUCAUCUUUUACAUGUUUAUGAUCAAACUGAAAGUAUUCAAUCUAUUAAACCAAAUCAAAAUCAAAAUCAAAAUCAAACCAUCCAAUCAAGUGGUUCCACUUCAGCUUUGACUGAUGAACUUGAACAAUGGAUAAACAUUCAUAAAUCUAAUCCACACUCAAUCAAAGAGAUCUUGGAUAAAUCACUUUUUAUAUUCUCACCCGAAACCCAUUCCUCUAAUGAAUCAUUCAAUCCUUACUUCCGAUACACUGGUUCAGAAUCCCCCACAGAUCUAUACAUCCUCUUCAACUCUUUUACUUCAUCCCAACUAAAACAUACGAUCCAAAGAUUACUACCCCAAGAAAUCAAACAAAAACUUGGAUUAAUCGAAAUCAAAGUUUUCAAACCAUGGUCAUUCGAUUGGUUUUUGAAAGCUUUACCACCAAGUACUCAAACUAUUAGAAUCUUUUCAACUUCUUCUGAUUUGUUAUUCAAUUUAAUUUCUAAAGGAAAAUCGGAUCAUAAAAGACUUGAAGGAGUUGAUAUUUUACCUUUUUUGAAGACGGAUCAACUUGAUUCGUUAAAAUGGAUUGAACAAAUCCAAACCGAUUUAAACAUUCAUGGGUCAAAGAUUAAAGGGUUUCCAAGAAGGCUCGAUCAAGCUGAAAAACUUAUCAUUUUUUGGGAUCUUCUUCCUUCAACCACUCACAACCCACCUCAUCUUUCGAACCGAAUUGCUUCAAGUACUCAAUCUAAUCUAAUCUUAAAUGAAUACGAUAAUUCUUCUGAUUCGAACUCGAUCAGACGUCAUUCGUUAUAUAUUUCAAAUAAUCAGGAUGAUAUAAGUAUGAAAUCGAUCAUUCAAACUUGUUCACCUACUUUAUUAGUUAUUGAGAAUUUCAAACAGAUCAACAAAACGUAUGACUUAUUUACGAAAAUCGAACCGACCACAAACAUUUUAUUUAUAUCAAGCCAUUCAACCGAUUUUAAAAAAACCAAACUUGAUCUUCAAACACGGUAUAAGUUAUGGAAAACGUAUUCGAAUCAUCAAGAUAUAGGAAAUGGAAAAGUAUGUGAAUUGAAAUGGGUUGAAAGUUUAGGUUGUGGAAAAGAUGUUGUGGUUGAAAUUGGGGUGAUGGUUUUAUUAUUUAAUGAAUUGAAUGAUGAAGAAAUCUUUCAAAGAAUCCGAACCCAACAUGGAAAAGAAGAAACCAACAAGAUGAUCACUCAAGAAUUGGUUGCUAAAGUACGAAGCCAGAUCCGAAUUAUUCAAAUCCCAGAUCUUUGGCAACCAGAAGACUCGAAUGAGCUUCCCAGCCUCAAAAAACUUCCUAACAAACCAGAAGAGAUCUUAAACCCCUCAACCCAACCCAUCACAUCCCGCCCCCAAAACCCCUUAUUGCCAAACCCCAUGACGUCCAACCUCCUAAAGAAACAAAUCAUGUUUCCCGAAUUUUAUCAAACGAAUUUCGUCACCAGAUCAGACCUAACCGACCCAACAUACUUACUAAAAGUGAUUGAAAACAAAAGAUUAACCCCACAAGAGUAUGAUCGAAACGUAUUUCAUUUAUCAUUAAGUCUUCAAAGCAGUGAGUUACGAUACUCAGUUGGAGAUGCGGUUGGGAUUUAUGCUUGGAAUAUUGAUGAAAUUGAAAUUAGAUCGUUUAUUAAAUGGUUAAAGUUUUCAGAAGAUCAAGUGAUUGAAAUGAGGUUUGGAAAUGAAUCUGAACCACAAAGGAAUCAGUAUAUGACGAUCUUUAAAUCGUUUCAACAAGUAUUAGAUUUGUUUGGAAAACCUAAUCAAUUGUUUUUUGAUAAGUUAUCUAAAAAACUUACGAACAAAGAUGAACAAAAGAAAUAUGCAAAGAGUUUGGAUCCGUUGUUUGGGUUUGAUGAUUUGGUGGACAUGGUCCCGAGGAUUAGGCCUAGACAUUAUUCGAUUGCUAGUUCGUAUCAUUAUCAACCUGAGAUUCUUGAUUUAUGUAUUGUGGAAGUUAAUUGGAAAACUUCUUUUCGUGGUAGUGGUGGGGGUCAUGAAGAGGUUGAAAGGAUUGGGUUAUGUACUGGGUAUUUGAAUCAGUUGAAAAUUGGGGAUUCGGUGUUGGUUUGUUUGAAGGAAUCGGUUAUGAGAUUACCUAAAGAAGUUUGUCAACCUAUUAUUUUAGCAGGUUUAGGUACUGGAAUGGCACCUUUUAGAGCUUUUCUUCAAGAAAGAGCUUUUCAACGUCAUGUGCUUGGACUUGAGAUUGGUCCGGUUUUGUAUUACUUUGGUUCACGUUCAAAGGUUUCGGAAUUUCUUUAUGGUGAUGAAAUUGAAGAAUAUUUAUCACAAGGAAUCAUUACUCAUUCAAGACUCUCAUUCACACGUGAUCUCGAACCAGAUCUAUCGAAAGAACCCAAAGUUUUACGAAAAAAAGAAUAUAUUCAAGAUUUAAUGAGAUUAGAUCAAGAUUUGAUUAUCCAAUACUUGAUGAAAUCUAAUGGACAUUUUUAUUUGUGUGGUCCGGUUUGGCCAGUUGGAGAAGUUUAUCAAGUUUUAUUGAAUGGGAUCGUUACGGAAUUGAAGAAAGAAAGGGAGGAAAGGGAAAGGGAAAGGGAAAGGGAAGAGGAAGAGGUAGAGGGGUUGAGGAUUCUUGGGAUGGACGUUUUGGAAAGGUUAAAGGAUCAGGAAAGAUAUGUUUUGGAGGUUUAUUAA